CUAUCAGUAAUAACCUUCGAUAUGACUCUCUUUUGAAAGCCCUGCCAUAAUAAUUGACCAUGCGACUUAAUCAUUAUUAUUUUAUUUAUUUAUUUUUUUUAUAGCAUAUAAUCAAUUUUAAAAAUUUUAUUUAACCAAAGUUUUUUCCGAUCAGUUAUUGAGCUAUUUUGGCCAGAAUCACGAUUCAGUCGACUCGGAGAUUUUUUAUAAUAAUAAAAGAAUUCUGUUUGUUUUACUAUGGCACAAGAAAAAUUAAAUGGCGUGUCUGACGAUUGGAAAAAACAGACAAAGCAUAUAAGUUUUCAAAAUAGCAAUAGUGCACCUAGUUUUUCUGACAAUAUUCUUUAUAUUUACAAUACGGUAUUUGAAGGGGAAAUAAAUUUGUCGCAAUUUCCUAAUUUAAGAAGAAUCAGUUUUGCUAACAAUGUCACUGUAAAUAAUUUGGAAAGUAUUGACAUUAGCGAAAACAAGGAGUUAAGCAAGAUAGUGCUAAAUGAAAGUGCCGCCCUAUAUCCUUUGAGGAAUUCCAACUGUAAUUUACUUAUCAAAGAAAGGCAACUAAGUCAAGUUGUUGUAAUGUAUCAUCAAUUAAUGUAUGUAAAUGGUACAAGUGUUUGGUUAGAAAAAUAUAAGCUUUUGGGACAACAAGAAUUAUUACCUUACGUUUUGAUUGAAAAUGGUAAAAAAUUGGAGCAAUUAGAAGCAGAAAUAGAAAAAUUAAAUCAAGCCAUCGCGGAAAAGGACCAACAAAUAGAAAGUUUGAAAAAGGAAAAUGAAGAAACUCCAACUCUCAGUCAAUUUCAAGAGUUAGUUGACAUAGUAUUUUCGCCUAAUACUGAUCUUGACUUUAAUAAAUUGAAAAAAGAAAUCAAAGGGCUUAAACUGAAGUUUUAUCUUCCUCAUUUUCAAAAAGAAGAAAAUACCCUUAAAAAGUUAAUAACCGAUGCUAAAGAAAAAGCAGGCACUAACAUGGGAAAGUUUUUGGAUCUUCUUCUCCAAAUCCAAAAGCAAAUAUUUGAAAGACAACAAGAGAACGAUUCUUUUGCUCAAGGCCAACUAAGUGCUUAUCAAAUUAUUUUGCAGGAGAAAUUGGACUAUGAUGAACUGCAAAAAAUUUUAACUGAACAGAAGAAGCUUUUAAAAUUAGAACAACAACUACGCUUCUUGCAAUCUGAUGAAGAAGAAAUAGAAUAAACAGAAUAAACAGACGAUUUGUAUAGUUAGAGCAUUAUUAGUUUUAUGAAAUUUUUUAUGUAUUAUACACGUAUUAUACACACUAGAAUUGAAAUUGAUGAAAGUCUAAUAUCUAUACCUAUGAAAAUUGACUAUACAAAUUGGAAACACUUGUAUAUUCUUUUAGCUUAUAGUUAUAAUAUUGCCAAGCUUCACUGUGUAAUAUUGUUGUUUCUUGACAAAUUGUAAAACAUUGUAAAACAUUAAACAAACAGUGUAAAAUAUAUAUUAGCUGUAAAAAAAUUUUAUUUACGGUACAUAAUGUACAAAAAUAAUUAUGAAUAAUACUUCAAAUUUUGAGGAUUUACAUCGAUUAAAUCUCGGUUAGUAUAAUGUUAGUAUCCCCAC